UACCUUUUACGCUACUAUUCUCCGCGGCUCUUUUUUACUUUUGACUCCGUUUACUAGUUUCUGUUCCGACGAGUACAUAAACGCCACUCUCUGUACCAACCUUUUCUCUCUUAGACACUCGAUAGAGGAUUUUUACGAUUCGUCUCUCUCGUCCCACUUCGAGUUCUCUCUCUUGUUUGCCGCUACUGCCAACCCAGUAUCGUCACACAUCAUCAUGUCUCCCGACUACAGUCACGGUGUCGAAUAUUCCCCAUCUACUGUAUCCGCUGUGGCCUUCAAGGCAGAAGAUCUAGAAGGCUGGGGCGUAGCCUAUGUUCGUCUGACAUGGAUCGACCUCACUAGUGUCAUCAGAUACAGGGUUAUCCCCAUCACUUACUUCCUUAAAAUGCUCAAAUCCCAGCGACCCAGUAUCGCCAUGGCCAAAUGUGCAUUCGGCCUGGUGUAUCUCAACAUGGCCGACGAGUUUUCUCCUGUGGGCGAAUAUCUUUACGUGAUUGAUCUCUCUACCCUGAGGCUAUGUCCGUAUGAGGAAAGAACGGCCAGCGUUAUGGGCUGGUUCCAGGAAAAAGCACCCGUUACCAGCGCAGAUGGCCAGCCUACCGUUGAAGUCAGUAUUUGUCCUCGAGGUAACCUGCGCCGCGUCGUCGAACAAGCCAGGAAAGACGCCGCAGUUGAGUUCCUCGUCGGUUUCGAAAUCGAGUUCAUCCUCUUAAAGUCGACGAAACCUGUUGAGGCAGUCAACUAUCAUCAUUGGAGUGCCUCUGGCGGCCUUCCUUCUGGAAGUAUCGAGACCAAAGUCCUUCGUGAAAUUUCGGAUUCUCUGAUCAUGGCUGGAGUCGAUGUUACAAUGUACCACGCUGAAGCGGCGCCUGGUCAGUACGAGGUUGUCACUGGACCCUUGCAGCCUCUGGAGGCAGCUGAUGCGCUCGUCUAUACUCGCGAAACUAUCAUCAACGUCGCUGCGAAACACGGGCUCCGAGCUACAUUCGCUCCUCGUGUCUACAUGGACAGUGCGGGUAGCUCUGCCCACGUUCAUAUCUCUGUUCAUCCUAUCAACGGCCCUGAAAAGUCCGCAGACGCGCUUUCCUCCGCCGAGUCUUCCUUCAUUGCCGGAAUUCUCAAGGAAUUGCCUUCCAUGGCCGCUGUCACUCUUCCAACCCCAUCGUCGUACAAGCGGGUCGCCGAUGGCGUCUGGUCUGGCGGAACUUAUGUUUGCUGGGGUACAGAAAAUCGCGAGGCGCCUAUCAGGUUGACCAACCCCAAAUCGCCAUCUUCGCGUAACUUUGAGCUCCGUUUCCUCGAUGGAACCUGCAAUCCAUAUCUGGCUCUGUCUCUUAUUUUGGCAUCUGGGACGGCUGCGAUCCUGGACCAGAAGGCGUUGACCUUAAUAGAUUGCCCUGGACCACUGACCGCUGCACAAAUGAGUGCGGAAGAGCGAGAGGCACAUGGAAUCACGGAUCGUCUGCCCUUGGAUUGGCACUCUGCUAGGGAAUUAUUUACAUCUUCUAAGCUUAUAGAAAAAAUCUUUGGCAAAGAACUGAAGGUCAAAUACCUCUCCGUGAACAAGCUGCUUGCACAAUGUUUAGAACAAGAUAAGGAAGAGUCAGACAGGUUGACGCGCAUGGUGGAAUUCUAUUAAUAUGUCUGCCACAUUUAACACCCUCGGGUAGCCAGCCAUCUGGCAGACUGUAAUACUAUUCGCAUUGUAUGCUGAUGAUUUUUGAUGAUGAAGUAAACGCCGAUCCCCUCCUUCCUAUCAGGAAUGAGAGCAAGCGCCGCUCUUUUGCAACUACGCGCCGAUGGUCCGCCGAAUUUUAAGCGUCGCGUAGAGGUCUAUGACCCUGAUGCCGGCAAAUGCAUUAUCGCAGGAAGACCAUCGCAGAGACGGGGUAAACAGUGCUUACUGAUAUUCUUUCCCAGGUCGAUGCACACUACCAUUAGAUAUUAAUUUAUAGCUUACAUGUGUUGCUAAAU